ACGCAUUGAUGCUAACGCGUACACCUAGUGGUUGCUGAUGCCUGUAGCUGAUCAAUAGCGAGUUCACAGCUAAAGAGCCAGAACUUGGUUCGUACCGAUGAUGGCGGCGACACCACCACCCACGAUUUAGGACUUGAGCGUUUCUUGGGGCACAUCAGUCUCUCCUGGUUUCAUCGUCACUGGAUGCUCCGGGAAGUCGGACUACCAUCAGAAGCCAUCGCGAUGUGUGGCGCAAAGUCGAUUGAGUUCCAAGAAUUCGUGCGUCGCGUUGAAAGUCUGCAGCGGUCGUCUCUAGCUCCUUCGAUAACUUUCGCCUCCGAUGACAAAGUAGUGGUCGAACGCCUUCGGCCCAUGGCGAACCUGCAACUCUCUAAUCGAGGACAGUCCCUUCUCAGGUCAAUUAUGGAUCUCCUGUUUGGCUUUACCGCAGCACGUCAACAGCCAACAAAUGCGCAUCGGUGCCUCGACUACGCUUGGAGAACGCGUCUAUCAACCUUUUACUUUGCCGCAAUGUCGACGCGAACUCUACAAGAGCGACAUAUAGUGAGGAUGUUUGUGGGCAUGCGAGCUAGUGCCAGAUCCACACUGCGUCAUUUACAACGGACUUGCGUUCGUAACAACCGGAACGUGUCCAGCAUUAUAUGAGCGGGGUAACGCAUAUCUCGUAUUGAACGACUUGCUUGUUGCAAAGCCACGGCAUCGGGAUGCAGAUCUCAUUCUCCGAGGCUAAAUACAACAGGAUAUUCUCCGGAUCUACUCCGGACUAAGUGGCGUGGAGAAUCUACCCGAUAUGCAAGACAUCAAGCGACAAGUCUAGGAUCUGCACAGCGCUGAUCGAG